UUUUAAGAUGUCGCUUCUUAUGUUAUGUCACCUAAUUAUCAGGUUGUUAGGGACGGUUUUUCCACAGUACUUUUGGGGAUGUUAAAGUCUACGCUUUUAGGAAUCCACAUUUUUAUAAAGAGGAUAUAACUGAAGGACAUGAAGGCUCUUGUCCAUCGCUCGAAGGCAACAACAAUAAGGUGCCUCUGCGCAUGCGUAGAUCUCUUAGUUGGGACCGGACGCAUGCCCUUGGACCUGAGCUAGUGUCUAACUGCCUCAGUUAGCACAGACAGAGGACUAUUAUGGACUGUCCCUCUCCUGUCUGUUUCUGUCCCUCCAUCCUUCUCUCCUACCUUUCCCUGGUAGCAGCAUGGUUCUGUCUGCAGCCAGGCAGCACCUUCUCGGGGGCAUUCGGCUUGGUGCCUGGGGGCAGCACCUCCUCAGGGGGAGUCGGCUUGGUGCCUGGGGGCAGCACCUCCUCGGGGGGAUUGGAUCAGUUUACACCGAUGCCAAGGGGUUCCAGGAGAAGGAGAUCAGAGAGAAACUCCAAGCUUUCCCUGGGGGAUCUAUAGACCUUGUCAAACAGGAGUCGGGCAUCGCUGUACUGACCGUCAACAACCCUGCUCGCAUGAACGCUUUCUCUGGUUCCAUGAUGGUGGAGCUGGAGGAGAGGGUGUCCCAGCUAGAGGAGUGGACGGAGGGCAAAGGUCUCAUCAUCCAGGGGGCUGCUGGGACAUUCUGCUCUGGGUCAGAUCUCAACGCAGUCAGGGCUAUAUCCAACCCUCAGGAUGGGAUGAAGAUGUGUACGUUCAUGCAGAAUGCCCUGACCAGACUACUGAGGUUACCUCUGUUGUCUGUAGCUCUGGUGGAAGGGAACGCACUGGGGGGAGGAGCUGAACUCACUACUGCCUGUGACUUUAGGUUGAUGGCGCCGGGCAGUGUGAUCCAGUUUGUCCAUAAACACAUGGGUCUGGUCCCUGGUUGGGGCGGUGCAGCUAGAUUGGUACGCAUCGUAGGCGGCCAGAACGCCCUGAAGAUGCUGGGUGGCGCUUUGAAAAUAGACCCAGAGAUGGGGCUUCAGAUUGGGCUUGCGGACGGGGUCCUGGAAGGUUCCCUGGCUGGGUCUGGAGCCAAUGCCCUCCUGGAGGCAGAGCAGUGGUUGGGAUGCUACACCACGGGUCCAGCCCCGGUCAUCAGAGCCAUAAAGAGCGUGGUGGUGUCUGGGAGAGAGCUGCCCCUGGAGGUGGCCCUGAGGACUGAGAGGGACGUGUUCGGGACAGUGUGGGGAGGACCGGCUAACCUACAGGCUCUGGCCACUAAGGCCAAACACAAGUGAAUUAACUAAUCUUGUGAUUACAUUGUAGCCCGUCCUAAUGUUCUGGAGAAACCUAGAACGUCUGGAGUGGAAGUUGUGAACCAACCCACACUGAGACUGAACUGGAACAUUAGGAUGGGCUGUAGAGGGUCUGAACUCAACCAGAACUAGUGUAUUCAUUCUGACGAUUCUGUUGCUAAAAAAAAAAAGGUCUCUUAAAAACAGAAGCAAA